CCUCAUUGUUGUUUUUUCCUGCUAUUGGUGUCUAUUCAGAGACUUCUAUAGUAUUACACAAAAUUAUACAAAUGUACAUGAUUUGCUGGCUGGAGGAGAAUCCUGCAAUCUUUAAUCUUUGGCUUUUGAUGCUUUAUGAAAUAAUAAUUGCGAUGUGACUGUAGAUGAGUCAAGUUCAUUCUGAUGCAAUGCAAUAUGCAAACCCACCAUUCCAUUGGGCAAAGUUGGGGUUGAAGCAGAAAAGGCCCCAAAUUUUCUCCAGCUCCAUCUUCUGCCUAAACCCAAUUGAAUUUGAAUUGAUUUUAGCGCUCAAAGCUCCAUCUUUAACUUUUAAAUUAAUUACAAAAAAUUCCAUCUUCAAAAAAAGUGUGUGUGUGUGUAUUUUUCGCUCGGUGGUUGUGCUUGUGAGUCAGAUUCUCUUUCGAAUUUCAGAUCCAUUACCAUGGGUUGUGUUUCAUCCAAUUUGCUAAACCAGGAAGACGACUUCACUCAACUCGGUAGCUCAGUUCUGGGUCACCACAUUGUCUCACUCACUUCCACCACUUAUGGCUUCCUCAAUCUUGAUCCACCGACACCAACUCAGCCCCACAACGCCAUCAAUCCACCUGCCCCGCCUCCUAGGCUCACCCUCGGCUCCAUUUUCCUUAGCCCACUUUCCGAACCCAAACUCCUCCAGUCCGAUCCCGAGGUCAUUAACUCCUGGGAACUCAUGUCCUGUUUAGAUUCUGACAGUAGUUUCUGUUUCUGUUCCAAACUCAAGGGAACCCGAAAAGAGAAUUCAAAUCCCAAUUUGAAACCUCUUCAUACUAACUUUCUUAAAGUUUGUAAUUCCACGCUGAAGGGUAAGAAUGUCCCAGACGAGUUGGAGAAAUUAUGUCCACCAAGCGGUGAAAACAAGCUCGUGAUUUACACAACCACUUUGACAGGUAUACGCAAGACUUAUGAAGAGUGCAAUGCGGUUAAGUCGGUCAUGGAGAAGUUGGGGUUGGAGAUUUCUGAGAGGGACAUAUCAAUGGAUGUUGGGUUUAAAGAAGAGUUGAGGGAGUUGAUGAAAGAUAAAGAGAGAGAAGCAAUGGUACCACCGAGAGUUUUUGUUAAAGGGAGAUGCAUUGGGGGAGCUGAAGAGGUUUUAAAAAUUGUUGAAGAGGGUUGGUUUGGUGAGUUAAUUGAAGGGAUUCCAAAGAGAAAAGCAAAGGGAGUGUGUGAAGGGUGUGGAGAUGUGAGGUUCUUGCCAUGUUUUGAGUGCAAUGGGAGCUGUAAAUUGGUGAUGAAUGUCAAGGAAGAGAAGGAGCAGAAGCAGGAGACUAGUGUUGUGGUGAGAUGUCCUGAUUGUAAUGAAAAUGGGCUAGUGCUUUGUCCCAUCUGUAGUUAACUGUGUUUGUUGUUAUGCAAUUUUCUUGAUAUGAUAAUAUAAUAGUAAGCUAUCUCAUCGAACUUGUUUGUUUGAUAUGAUUUUUGUCAAGUAA